GAAACGAGUGACUCGUUUAUCAGAUUAUCAGUCGCCACGAGACACAGCGAGCACUUGAUACCUCACUUAUUAAAUAACAUUAAAUUACACUGAACACAACCAUCUGACCCGAGGCUUCCUGGAUCUGGCAGGACUUCAAACAAACAGGCCUUGAACAAAGGAGUAACAACUAUAAUUAAGAUACCUAUUGGAUUUAGUGCUGCAGAGGAGUUUGAUUUCUCGUGGUUGUUUUGGAGAGGCGGUGGAGCUGUUUUACGGACUGCGAUGCAUCGCUUAAGGACUUGCGCUGCACGGCUACGGCCGCUCACAGCCUCUCAGAGCGCUCAAAGUUUCUCGCAGCAGAGGACAGUGGCGGCCCCCGGGGUCCUAAGGACGUUACAGCCCAUUAGGUGCUACACGGCCCCUGUCGCCGCUGAGCCUUUUCUCAAUGGAACGAGCUCCAACUAUGUGGAGGAGAUGUAUUACGCAUGGCUGGAGGACCCCAAGAGUGUGCACAAGUCUUGGGACAUCUUCUUCCGUAACGCUAACUCAGGUGCUCCCCCCGGCACCGCCUACCAGAGCCCCCCUCCACUGACGGUGAGGCUGUCAGGACUGUCUCAGGCCCAGACGCUGGUUGCAGCUCAACCCAGUGUGGAAAAACUGGUGGAAGACCACCUGGCCGUUCAAUCCCUCAUUCGUGCCUACCAGAUUCGGGGACAUCACGUUGCACAGCUGGAUCCUCUUGGAAUUAUGGAUGCUGAUCUUGAUUCAUGCGUUCCUGCAGAUAUUAUCACAUCGUCUGAUAAACUUGGCUUCUAUGGUCUGGAAGAGACCGAUCUGGAUAAAGUGUUCCGGCUUCCCACGACCACCUUCAUUGGGGGCAGUGAGAGUGCCCUUCCACUCAGGGAAAUCAUCCGACGUUUAGAGAUGGCGUACUGUCAGCACAUCGGGGUAGAGUUCAUGUUCAUCAAUGAUCUGGAGCAGUGUCAGUGGAUCAGGCAGAAGUUUGAGAAGCCUGGAGUGAUGCAGUUUACGCUGGAUGAGAAGAGGAGGCUACUGGCCCGUAUGAUCCGCUCAACCAGGUUUGAGGAGUUCCUCCAGAGGAAGUGGUCAUCAGAGAAACGUUUUGGACUGGAGGGAUCCGAUUCUCUCAUUCCUGCACUGAAAACCAUCAUUGACAAGUCCAGUGAGAAUGGAGUGGAGAGCGUCAUCAUGGGCAUGCCACACAGAGGUCGUCUGAAUGUGCUUGCUAACGUUAUCCGUAAGGAGCUGGAGCAGAUCUUCUGCCAGUUUGAUUCCAAGCUGGAAGCUGCUGAUGAGGGCUCCGGUGAUGUGAAGUAUCAUCUGGGUAUGUACCACAGACGCAUCAACCGGGUCACCGACCGCCACAUCACCCUAUCUCUGAUGGCCAACCCCUCACACCUGGAGGCUGUGGACCCUGUAGUGCAGGGCAAGACCAAAGCAGAGCAGUUCUACUGUGGUGACUCCGAUGGCAACAGGGUGAUGUCCAUCUUGUUGCAUGGAGAUGCAGCCUUUGCAGGUCAGGGCAUCGUCUAUGAGACCUUCCAUUUGAGUGACUUGCCAUCCUACAGCACUCAUGGCACUGUGCAUGUGGUGGUCAACAACCAGAUCGGCUUCACCACUGACCCUCGGAUGGCCCGCUCCUCACCGUACCCAACCGACGUGGCCAGAGUGGUCAACGCUCCCAUUUUCCAUGUUAACGCAGAUGAUCCUGAGGCCGUGAUGUACGUGUGUAACGUGGCCGCAGAGUGGAGGGCAACCUUCCAUAAAGAUGUGGUGGUUGAUCUGGUGAGCUACAGACGGAACGGCCACAAUGAGAUGGACGAGCCGAUGUUUACUCAACCAUUAAUGUACAAACAGAUAAAGAAACAGAAACCUGUUCUACAGAAAUAUGCUGAAAAACUCAUUGCAGAGGGAGCUGUCACCAGACAGGAAUAUGAGGAGGAAAUUGUCAGAUAUGACAAAAUCUGUGAGGAGGCGUAUGCUCGUUCUAAAGAUGAAAAAAUCCUGCACAUCAAACACUGGCUUGACUCACCUUGGCCAGGUUUCUUCACUCUGGAUGGCCAACCCAAGAGCAUGAGCUGUCCGUCCACUGGUCUGAAUGAGGAAGUGCUUAAUCACAUUGGUCAGGUGGCUUCCUCUGUGCCUGUGGAGGAUUUCACUAUUCAUGGAGGUCUCGCUCGUAUUCUGAAGGGCAGAGCAGGGAUGGUGCAGAACCGCUCAGUGGAUUGGGCUCUGGGAGAGUACAUGGCCUUCGGCUCUCUGCUGAAGGAAGGAAUUCAUGUGCGUCUCAGUGGCCAGGACGUGGAAAGAGGCACCUUCAGUCAUCGCCACCACGUGCUGCAUGAUCAGAAUGUAGACAAAAGGACUUGCAUUCCCAUGAACUACAUGGAUCCAAACCAGGCUCCUUACACUGUGUGCAACAGCUCCCUAUCUGAAUAUGGGGUUCUAGGUUUUGAGUUGGGCUUUGCCAUGGCAAGUCCUAACGCUUUAGUGCUUUGGGAAGCUCAGUUUGGAGACUUCCAUAACACAGCCCAGUGUAUCAUUGACCAGUUCAUCUCCCCUGGCCAGGCCAAGUGGGUCAGACAGAAUGGAAUCGUGCUAUUGCUGCCUCACGGAAUGGAGGGCAUGGGCCCAGAGCACUCAUCUGCCCGUCCAGAGAGAUUCUUGCAGAUGUGCAAUGACGACCCUGAUGUUUUCCCGAAAAUCACAGAAGACUUUGCCGUUCGGCAGCUGUAUGACUGUAACUGGAUUGUGGUGAACUGCUCCACUCCUGCAAACUACUUUCAUGUCCUGAGAAGGCAAAUUAUUUUGCCCUUCAGAAAGCCUCUUAUUAUCUUCACGCCUAAAUCACUGUUACGCCACCCAGAGGCCAAGUCAAGUUUUGACGAAAUGUUACCAGGCACACACUUCAGACGUUUGAUUCCAGAGGAAGGAAGUGCAUCCCAGAAUUCAGCGGGAGUGAAGCAUCUCAUCUUCUGCACAGGGAAGGUUUACUAUGAACUCACCAAAGAGCGAAAAACCAGGGGCAUGGACAACACAGUGGCCAUCAGCCGCAUUGAGCAGCUCUCUCCAUUCCCAUUUGACCUGGUGAAGGCAGAGGCAGAGAAGUAUCCACAGGCACAGCUGCUGUGGUGUCAGGAGGAACAUAAGAAUCAAGGCUACUAUGACUACGUCAAGCCACGCAUCAGCAGAACCCUCAAUAACAGCCGUCCCGUUUGGUACGCUGGUCGAGAACCUGCUGCUGCCCCCGCCACAGGGAACAAGAAGGCGCAUCUCAUGGAGCUGGAGCGCUUUCUGGACACAGCCUUCAACCUAGAUGCCUUUCAGGGGCAGUCUUAACCGCCCUUGCCCCAUCCAUCCCUCCAUCCCUUGUUCUUCGGGGAAAAAAACUGUACUCCACUCCACUGUUAGCAUUAGAAAGCAAGCUGACAGCUAGGUAUCACCUCAUUAAUGCCACAAUAUAUGACAAAGACCAAAGAACAGGUUUGCUUUGCACUGUAGGUAUGACAGGCCUAUAUAUGCAGAUUUUUCCCAAAAGUUAUUAGUAACUACAGAAUUAUGGCAUCAGUCUGCAUGCAUGCAUAAGGCAUGUUGAUGAUGGUUUUAAAUAGAGUCUUAAAAGUGAAAGUCAAAUGAGUUUGGAAAAUCAUGAGGGUAAAUAAAUGAUUAGAGUUUUAAUUUUUAGGUAAACUUGUCCUGUUAAAGUGAUGCACAGCUUGACCUAGAGGUCUUUUCUCAAUACUACCACUAUGUUCCUUUAAGUAUGCACAAAAAUUACAAACAAAAGAGCAACAAAUGCUUGCACCAAGCCUAAACUAAGGGGACAUGGGCGUCUCUGAAAUAAGAUAUAAAGACUUGAUAGCAUGAGAAAGUUUAAGCGCCACGCAUGGAUCCAUAUGCAUUUUUAAAUUAUUGCAAGAGGAACAAGUCAGCUUGCCUGCAUUUAGCAAUAUCACAGUAUGUCAUUUGCUUCUCUGCAUUUGUUAUUGAAUGUAACUGAAAGUACCAUUUGGUACAGUAGUUCCCCUCCUAAUCAUUUAAAUCAGUGGUUCUCAACCUUUAUAAAACCCAACUCCAAGGCCCCCCAGUGACUGAGAAAAUAUUCGAUGGCCCCCCAUGUAGGCUAUUACAUUUGUUAUAAGAUAUAUCUAUUAUAAGAUAUUUCCUUAAAACGUGUGAUUCCAGAAGUCUUGAACUGUAUAUUAUUCAUAAAAAGCAAGCUGUUGAAGGGAGUUAUUACAUUUUUAGCAUUUUCAGUAAGUUGAAUUAUUAUUAUAAUUAUAUAAAAAUUAUUUUAUUAUUUUAUUAUUUUAAAUAAUUUUAAGAGAUAUUGAGGCCCCACCUGGAAGUGUGCUGAGGCCCCCUAGUGGGUCCCGACCCCCUGGUUGAGAUCCACUGAUUUAAAUGAACGAGAGAAUACUUAAAUCACCCCAUUCUCUCUUCCCCGUCCUUUAUUAUCUUCCUCAUUAUCAUCCCUGUCUCAACAUUCUGUGCCAAAUUAUCAUGAACAUCCGUAUAGACUAGGAUUGCAAGCCGAAACAAUCAUUUUAUCAUCUUGCAAUUUAAACAAAUAUAUGGAGAUUACACAGCAAGCUUCAAUAAUCUCUCCAGGACUUAAAAUAAAAUAAUUUAUUUAUUUUCUUAGCAUUAUGUUUAUUCCAAACUAUUAUUAUAAAACUUCAUUAAAUAAAUAAAAACACCA